UACCGGUAGGAAUUUUUGACAAGAAAGAGCGACUAAGUGAUGCUUUAAUGCUUAAUCGGGCCUCUCGGGCAAAAGAAGCGACAUUAACCAGUAAUUAAGCUUCAAGGUUAGGCAGGACGGAAUGUUAUAAAGAUGACGAUCAUGUACUUUAUAAUCGUAACAUCAGCAAUUAUAAUUUGCGUUCAAGCAAACCUGAACGUCACAUCCGGGUUCGAUUCUCCAAUGACUUUUGACCCUGAUUCGAACUUUACCCUCCGCUGUCGAUUCCGUAGCGACUCCGACGUCACGAUCAGCUGGUUAAGAGACGGUGACGUCAUUGCGGUUGGCUUGAAUAAUGGGAGUGAGACUGACGAAGCAACGGGGGUUGGUGGAGCAAGGAUUGGGGGCGAUUUCACCCCGUUAUCGAUCUAUAAAUAUACUCCAAGUACUUCGACAGAGACAAAGACAUCUCGAAGUGUUGGACGAUCAAAUGACGACGACACACGUCACAAUAGAGUGUCCUCCGUGAUCUUCCGGGAGGAUGGGGAUCAAGUUGGAGAAUUAAGAGUGGUAGGGAGCAAUUUAGAAGACGGAGGAAUCAUCACUUGCUCUGCUUCCAAUGCCAGAGGAGAAAGAGUAGAACAUGCUGGAAGAAUUGUAAUAAAAGGUCCGAUGUCAAUUCGUCAGCUUCCCCCAAGAGAAGUACUUUCCGGAUCUGACGUCACGAUCACGUGCUCUGUACUCGGUUCCGCAUCAUGGCGUUCGAUCACGUGGUUUAAACGCACGGGGCUUCAUCGGACACCCCUAAUUUUCACAAACCGUAUUCAAUCACUUGGAACCUCAUUACACAUACGUGACGUACAAGUAACAGAUCAGGGAAAGUACCAAUGCCAGGUUGAGGGUCAUGACAAGGUCAAAGCGACGAUGACGACAGAGUUAUCUGUUCUUGAACUCCCAGUCAUUGGUCCGAUAGUUCUUAACCAAGAAGCUUAUAAGGUCAAUGACCUUGUAAUUAUGACGUGCUCGGUGAAAAAAGACGAUGAACCAAUCAGAUUCAAAUGGGUGAAAAACGGUCAGCCAAUCACAACAGAGGAUUCGGGUGUGCAAAUUUUUCCGCUGGGGCAAAGGAUUUCAAGCUUGGUAAUCGAACAAGUAAGUUUGAAAAUGGCGGGAAACUAUUCAUGCGUGACGAGCAACCGUGCUGGUUCCGCAUCAGAACACACCAAAUUAAUAGUCAGAGAACCACCUUCGAUUCUAAGCCUAAAAUUGCCCGCUACUGUCGCGCUGUAUAGUGACGUCACAAUGUCGUGCGUCGUAAGAGGAUUUCCAUUGCCCAAAGUCACGUGGUAUAAGUACAACGUGGACGUAUCGGGUAAGGUUUUCGUGCCUACCAGCAACAUAACACGGAAUGUAACUUCGUUAAAAUUGACGAGUUACCUCACGUUGAGAAACGUCAGUUACGCCGAUGAUGGUUUGUACGAAUGCUUUGCCAAUAACAUGGCUGGGGUCGAUCAUAAUAUGAUUUCUAUGAAAGCACACGCACCAGCAAGAAUUUCCAACUUUAGCAAUUUGGUGGAAAUAGGCUCAGGCCAGCCUGUCUCGUUACGUUGCGCCACACGUGGUGAUGGAAGUUUGAAUAUCACGUGGUACAAGGAUGGAAAUCUGAUUGGUUUAACCAAAAGCGCGCGAAUUUGGACGACAGUCCGAAACUCAGUAACCAAAACAGGAACUCAUAACACAAGAAAAUUGAACAAAAGCGUCAGCCAUUUCCACUUUUCUGUAACGUCACAACAAGACGCAGGUCUAUACACUUGUCUUGUUAAAAAUAAAUUCGGUGAACACUCCAUGACGUCACGAUUAAUAGUACACGGUAUACCCGACCCCCCUAGUGACGUCACAAUCGUGGAACGCGGCAGCAACUUUCUUCGUUUCUUGAUUUUCCAACCGAACAACACCGGUGGACUGCCUGUGACGUCAUACAUUCUGGAAUACAAAGCACUACGUCACGAUGACGUAGAAGAGACGGUGGUUCAACACGAAAUCAAAUUGUCAAGCGACAGGAAUUUAGAGUUUCAACCUUACCACGUGGAUGCGCUAGAGUGCGGGAGCUGGUACGAGUUCAACGUCACUUCCGUCAACCCGGUUGGUGAAAGUCACGUGUUCACCUUAUUAGGAAGAACGAUUGGCGAAGCCCCAGUAAUAGCAUCCGUCAAAGACCUGGUGACAUCUGUCAAUCAAACUUCAAUGAUGGUUGACCUUUCAACCUGGCAUAACGGUGGUUGUCCAAUCACAGGUAUAACCUUGGAAUAUUCGGGUGACGUCAGAAGCGUCAAUUAUUCGCGGACAAUGAAUAAAACAAAGAUCAUUGUUUCGUCACUUCGUAAACUUCCCCUGCACGAUUUGCACCCGGGCACGUGGUACAAGCUUCGUAUUUCUUCAUGUAACGUAGUUGGGUGCAAUGACGUCACACAUAGCGUUGCGACGCUUGACGCAGCUGGGAUGACGUUGGCAGAUGUAACGUUGAAGGGUGGGAAAGGAGGUCUUCUGCUACAUUACGUUGUACCGAUGGUGAUUGGGUUUGGAUUGGUGAUUUUACUUCUUCUUAUUCUUCUACGUUAUCGGUACAAACAGCAAAUGAAGAAGCACCGACGUAUGAAAGAAGCGCAGAAAAUGGCGGAUAGUUUACUCGGCUCAAAUUCCAAACAAGAUCCUCCUUCAUCCAAGCGUGACCGAAACUAUGACCACGUGACACCUCUCGAUUUCGGACAAGAAGGCGAAGACGAUGUCUUUCUACCACCAUCACAACCGACGAACAACAAUCUACGACGAGCAACACGAAGCGCAGAAAAUCUUUCCCCAAACCGACGGAAAUACGAGAAAGUACGUCAUAAGAGUGACGUAACACGACGAGAAGAGUUGAAGCCCUUCUUGGCCGAUGACGUACACACGGUUCCUCCCAACCUAAAUAAACGGAGAUUGCUUUCAUACAAUGGCGAUUUCUCUGCAAGCGAUACUUGGUCAUACAAAUCUAAUAAACAAUCGUCAAGUUCCAAUGCUUCACAUAACAACACAGGAAACAAAAAUCGUGAAAGUAUUCUAAGUAUGUCGGAAACCGACGAAGAAGUUGCGAAAGUUUUUGAGAAAGAUAAUCAACAAAACGAAGCAGAUAACUCCAAUAAAGGUAACAUCCCAAUAGUUGAUUUCCAAAGCACGGCAGUAGAUCCACCAAUCCCAAUGCCACGUUGUAAACCUCCAAAUAUUUCCGAAAACUUAAACGACGGUCGGCCAAUGAGAAAGUCUGACACCGAAGUCCCAACUUUAAAUCAACCAAUCGAAACGCGCCGUGCACGACCUGUCUUGCGCCCUCUACUGGGGACACAUGGCGGCCAGAAUGCACGCAACUACAGCUGUGAAUCACUGCCUUCAUGGAAAGGCGUUUUCCUCGACCAGCAGCAGCGAAACCGGGUCAACUCCGACAACACAGUGCUCUCGGAUAAAAACCCAAUCUGGUUCGACCACAAACACAAACCGCUUCUUGGUUCCGUCAGAUUAAUAUCGGGAAACACUGGAAAGCGAACACGGCCAGUGAUUCCGCAAAUGCAGACAAAAAUCAAAACCAAUAGUGCAUUGCCCGCGUAUAAAGAUGUGGUCAACACUGGCAUUGCUAUCACUCCAAAGCAGCCUCCGUGUAUAAUUACGUCACACGAUAUGACGUCACGAGACAACAUUCCACACGACCUUGCAUUUACUUACCGUGAUCGUAACAACCGUAUUAUGAUCGGUCCACCUCCAGCUUACUGCAGGACCUCACUCCCUACACCGCCGGACAGCAGUCCGGACGAAGGGGAAAAAUAUUCUUCCAAGCCAAUGUCAUUGCGGCUCCCACAAGCUUUCAGCAGCGUGGAUUCCAUUAACUCGCGCCUUGAUGCGCUUUGCGACUCGCCACUGACACCUGGCGGGAGUGAAGAUCGGUUUUCGACUCUCGUAUAACGGACAGUUGAAAUAUCACUUGUAUAGGAGGGUAGGGGAAGAUGGGACACCUUUUUAUUUUAUUUUCUCAUUUCUCGAAAAAAAGAACAUUCAAAGAAUAAUGAAAUUGUAUUUUCACGACUACCAUAGAUCGUUAAUUGUUUAAAACGCUAUUAGGAUAUCUGGAUAUUAUGUGCCAAAGGUGUCCCAUCUCUCCCCACUCUACUUCAUAAACAUUGACUAAAACUGAUGCAUGGCAUUCAUAACACAAUAGCACAUUAAUACACACACAUAAAUAUAUAUGCGUGUGAUAUUCAUAUAAAAGAAUAAUAUUAUUCUUAGCAAAAUCGCCCACACAUAAAUCCUUGUAAUAAUAUCAAUUCAAUCUUGCAUGUUCAUCGUGUCGAUGAAAACCGUGUUUCUUUAUUUUGUUCAAUCGUUUUUUUUUUACCUCCGUUCUGUUUGACGAUCCUAUUUCAUUUCUUUCUCUUCGUUUAUUUUCCUUCCGUUCCACUGCUGUGUUCAAUCACUGAAAAUGAAGUUACCAUGUUCAUGAACCUGAGAAACAACUUGUUAU